UUAUCAGCUGCGAUGCUGCGAUCGUUACAAAUACGUACUGUUGCGUUUGCGUUACGCAAUUGAUUCGCGUAAUUCACGUGUGGCUCAAUAAAGUAGUUCGUGAAAAGAAGAAAUAAUUCGGAAACUUUUCUUUGUGUGAAAUGUUUCUUGGAUUCUGUGUAGAAAGCGUACGGUCCAAAUCUGAGGUGACUACGAAUCCGACAUAAUGGGAACGAACGUGAUAACGUCUCUGACCAGGAGAGCUGCACUGCAGCUGAAUUAUAUAUGUCGUCAUCAGUCUACGACAAGCACAUGUUCCUCGUACGACCUGGUGAUCGUGGGUGGUGGCAUCAUCGGCUGCGCAACCGCCCGCGAGAUAAUUAUGCGGCAUCCGAACAUGAAAAUAGCCAUUGUGGAAAAGGAGAAUGCCCUAGCUAUGCAUCAAACGGGUCAUAACAGUGGCGUGGUGCAUGCUGGCAUGUAUUACACUCCUGGAAGCAUGAAGGCAAAACUUUGCGUAGAAGGUUUGAAACUGUCGUACGAGUAUUUCUGCAAAAACAACAUACCUCAUAAGAAAAUUGGCAAGCUGAUUGUCGCCCACGAUCCGGCUCAAAUCAAGAGAAUAGACGAGCUCUUCGAUAGAGGAACGAAAAACAAAGUGCCCGAUUUACAAAUUGUUGAAAAAGAUUGCAUUUCAAAAUAUGAACCCAAAUGCAAGGGAGAAAAGGCUUUAUGGUCACCGUGGACCGGUAUAGUGGAUUGGGCGGUCGUGUGUAAAUCCUUUGCCGAAGACUUUCGGAAAAUGGGAGGCGAAAUCUUUUUCAAUUGUGAAGUAAUCGGAUUUGCGGAGUUGACGGAAUCGAAAGGGAGCAGUCAAUUAUCUUGUAUAUCCGUUCAAUCGAAAAACCGAUGCAUACCAACGAAAUAUGUGCUGACGUGCGGUGGUCUACAUGCAGAUCGAUUAGCGGUGAUGACGGGCUGCGAUGUAAAUCCGCGAAUAGUACCAUUUCGUGGCGAGUAUCUUCUGUUAAAUGAGAACAAACGACAUCUCUGCACGACCAAUGUGUAUCCGGUGCCUGAUCCCAGAUUGCCGUUCCUGGGCGUGCACUUUACCCCUAGGGUUAACGGUGAAGUCUGGUUGGGUCCCAACGCUGUUCUUGCGUUCUCUAGAGAAGGCUAUAGAUGGUUUGACAUAAACAUAAAAGACUGCAUAGAAUUGGCAAAAUUCCCUGGUUUAUACAAACUAUGCUAUCGGUAUUUUCUACCAGGCUGCAAGGAGAUAAUAAAAUCGAUUUUUUAUCCCUUAGCUGUAAAAGAUCUCCAGAAGUUUAUUCCUGAACUUACAUACAAAGAUGUAAAAAGAGGACCGGCGGGUGUAAGAGCUCAAGCAAUGGAUAAAGACGGUAAAUUAGUCGAUGAUUUCGUUUUCGAUGUAGGCACCGGCGUGAUUGGAAGCAGGGUGUUGCACUGCCGAAACGCGCCGUCACCAGCUGCAACUAGUUCUAUGGCGAUAGCAAAAUUUAUCGCCGAUAAACUUGAUCACGACUUCAAAUUUUAAUGCAAGUCAAUAUAUGUAAUUAUCUAAUCGCUCAAAUGUAAAAUGUGAAACAGAAUGAGUAUUUAAAAAGAAGGUUC